CUGGCGGCGGUUGCUGGGCUCAGGGCUUCCCGUGGUGGCUCCGGUCUCUUCUGCGCUGCCUCGGGAGCUCGGAGCCACCGUGGCUGUUGUGAGCGGGACCUGCACCGCGCCCUAGGUCGCUGUUACGCCACUGUUACGCCGGGUGCGCUCUCUUCCUCUGGUCUCCUGGGGCCGCAGCUUGAGCCAUCGCUCGAAGUUUCUGUCCCCUGCCUACGGCGAGCCGGGCCCAUGAGUGCGACGGACUGCUCCCUGAGGACCUCCCUCCGCUCCAGAAGGCUGGCAACCCCCAACGUGUCAUCCAAACGUGCUCCUCUUCAAUCUCCAAGUCAAGACUUUACUCCUCUCCCUUCAAUGGAUGAGCGCUUGGCCUUUCUCCGUCCCUCCCGGGAGCUGCUGGAGUACUACCGCAAGAAGAUCGCUGACUUUGAUGAGGAGCACGAGGAUUUGGUUAAAAGGCUGGAGAGAUACAGGGAAACAUAUGAUGAGCAGCACAAAUUGCAAUGGGAAGUCCAUCAGCGAGAAGAGGAGGUCGCAGAGUUGCAGAAGGCUUUGAGUGAUAUGCAAGUCUUCCUCUUCCAGGAGAGAGAACAGGUCCUUCGCCUCUGCUCGGAGAACGACCGGCUGAAAAUCAGGGAAUUGGAAGAUAGGAAAAAAAUUCAGCAUCUCCUGGCUUUAGUGGGACCAGACUUAGGAGAAGUUACGUAUUUUCACAAGGAGCCCCCACAUAAGGUUACUGUUCUGCAAAGACCAGCUAAACCCAGAGAGUCGCAGGAAAGGAAUGAGCCAUCUACAACAGAUGCCAAGAGGAAUGCUUCAAAACCAGCUGCAAAAGGAGAGAAACAAGAAAGUUCUGAGAGAUACCAGAGAGACAAUCAGGCACUUCUGCUUCAGGUGGAGGCACUGCAAGCUCAGCUAGAAGAACAGACACGAUUAUCCAAGGAACAGGUUGAGGCACUGCUAGAGGACAGGAGGAUUCACAUGGAGGAAGCCCAGGUCCAGCAUCAGAGAGACAAGGACAAGAUCAAAACUGUAACAGAUAAACUGCAGAAGACUCAGAAUCUCUUAUACGAGAGCACUCGAGACUUCCUGCAGCUCAAGCUUGAUGCCCGAGCCAGUGAGAAAGCCUGGAUAGCAGAGAAGGACAGCCUGCUGAGGAAGCUUGACAGAGCUCUGCAGCAGCACAGCAGCAAGCAGCCAGGAAGAGACAAUAAACAGAGGCAUGCUAAGGAGAUGCUUCCAGCAGAUGAUGGAGCUUGCAAACCCCAUAGCAAACAAAUAAAGUUGCUGCUGGAGCAGCUGCAGCAGGAGCGGCACCUCUCAAACAUGUACAGGGAGCAGUGCGUCGCUCUGGAAGGCGAGCUGGCUAGGACUCGUGAGGAGGGGGAGGCUGGCAGAGAACUCUUUAAGGAGCGCUCGGAGAGGAUGGGGAAGCGCCUGAAGCUGGCGACACAGCGCUACGAGGCCUUGGAAAAACGCCGGCACUUGGAAGUGGAAGGCUUCAAGAGUGACAUUAAACAGCUGCGGCAGAAGCUGAAAGAUGUAGAGAAGCAGCUUUUCAAGGUAACUCUGAAUAUGGGACCAGACCAGGAUCUUGCAAUCCUUCAUGAGAUCCGCCAAGGAAACAGAUUAACCCAUAAAAUUCAGGGAGAACUGAAGAGCUUAAAAGCAAAGAUCUAUGGCUUAGAGAAUGAGCUACGGCUUGUAUGAAGCUGAGAUAUUAACUGGCAUCCUGCUUUCAGGAAUGGGACAUUGCUAGGCUGGAGUAGUUCUAUAUGAGAGCAAUUCCUGACUGUUUUCUGCCAUCCAGUGGCAGCAGUUAGUUUCAGAACGUUGUACAUGAGCCAUUGCUAAAGUGCCAGACUAGAGCAGUGUUUGCUCUGAGAGGUGGCUCACACAGAAAGCACAGGAUGGCUCUGCUUGUGACUUCCUCUCCUGACAUCUGUGGUAGGGGUCUCUGUAUGCUGGCCUUCACCUUCUGUGUAGCAUGUUAGAAACCACAUACCUGGUCAUAAUGACAUGUAUAAUCAUGGGAAGAUUUAGUGCAAGACCUGAAUUGCUGGAAUGACCUUUGCCUGUGUGAGAAGCAGCUUUUAAAGUGGUUGAAAUGAUUAUGGGUUUGGUGCUUGGACUGUCCUCUCCUCAGCCCCUGGACUGUCCUCUCCUCAGCCCCUGGACUGUCCUCUCCUCAGCCCCUGGACUGUCCUCUCCUCAGCCCCUGGACUGUCCUCUCCUCAGCCCCUGGACUGUCCUCUCCUCAGCCCCUGGACUGUCCUCUCCUCAGCCCCUUGCUCUGAGUUUAUCAUAACCCACAGAGGAAGCCCAUAAGACAUCUGGUACCACCAUUUUAUCUGUAGCUUGGUUCUGUACCAAGAGAUCAUGGUCAGCUUCUGCUACAGCUGUUGCUGCUGAACUCUAACUGAAAGUGUGUGUAGGGGGGAAGAGCAGGUGCCCCUGAGAAGUGUAACUCUGGCUGUAGAGUGAUUAUCUUCACUCCAGAUUUCACAAGCUUAGCAAACAGGUGAAAUCCUGAAGAGAGUGGCUUCAGGCAGGUUUGUAAUUGCAUGUAUUGAAGAUUUCACUGUAGCAUCAGCAAGUUUUGUCCACCUUGUUGACUGAGAGCAGAAAAGUGCCUCUGUUUCCUGCUGGACCUUUCCUAUCUUGUUAAAUGUGACAGAAGCAGGAUAAUAGCUUUCUGCAAUACACACCUAUUGGCUGCCAGUUGCAAACAACUUAGUGUGUGAAUGCAGGCAGUUCCUUUUGGAUAUGAUGGCCACGGAGAUCCUCAUUCCAUAUCAAAGAUGGGUUUGUGCUGGCAAGCUGUGGAGAAAAGUGCUUUUUAUAAGCACCAGCUAAAGCAAUGCAGGAGGGGAAACUACCUCAGGAGGGGAAAUUCCCUUUCCCUAAGGCCCACUUUGAUGGUGUAUACUUUUUGUGACAUGUUUGCUGUCCUUCAUGGUCCUGGACUGUGGCUUUUUAUCUUUUGAUUUGUUCUUGAGGUGAAAUUCAUCACAGACUGCACUGUGAAUGGCUGACAGCCUGUACCUAGAUGCUCAACUACUCCUGCACUCUACAAGAAGCUGUAGAGUAAGUUUAGCUGAAAAUGCUGAAAUGCCCAGAAACUGCUGAACAACAUGAGUGCUGGUGCUGUAGGACAGGACAAAAUGCUGUCCAUCACUGAGUCUCACUCUCUCCGCUAACUAAGUAGUGUCUCAGAAAUCUGGCUGUUGGAAGUGAGUUUGUGUAUGAAAUGACCUGCUGCCCUUUGAAGCUCUCUGAGUUAUCACAGCUCCUGGAAGGCUGUCUCUGAAAACUGCAAUGGAAUGAAGUAUUAGCCACUUACUCAGUAGGAUCAAUCUACUUCAAUUCAACCAACAAAAAGGUCUCUUAAAGGUAGAGAUAAAUGGGUUCCUGUCUGAUUUCAGCUCUUACAAGCCAAAGCACUGCCUGUGGAAUUAUUUGUCUUGCUUGAAAGCCACAGGCUUUGCUGUUCAGGUUUGUAAGACCAGGAGGAGGUAUAAGGGAGGGACCUCAGUGUUCAAUUUCUUCUUUACCAAUAUUGAUUAUUUCUUGAAAGACUAAGGAGAAUAAAAUUACCACUUCUUAA